ACUUGUCACAACCAACACCCGUACUCCAUAAGUAAACGAACGAAAAAAAAGUACAAUAGCGGGCACCGCCCACAAUCAGGCCCACCACUCCCAUCACCAGCAGGAAGCGCAUCCUUCCACUGCCUUCCCAAUCCCAAGCCAAGCCAAAAGCCAAGCCAAAGCAAGGAGUGCCGCCACACAAACCCAACCCCAGGGCCCAGCCGCGAUAAGGAAGCCCACGCGAACGCAUGCACGCGACAGCAUCUCGCAUGCGCAGCGCGCAAAGCAUGGAAUCUCCAUCGCCGUCCCCCAACCAUGCCAUUCGCCACACACACACACACACACACACACACACACCGACCAAGCGGCCCAAAACGUCGCCCCACGCGCCCGGCCAACGGUCCCAGGGCGAUAAAACCCUCGCUCGCCAAGCCGUCUCGCGUCUGGGCGAUCGGCCCCGCGCGCUGGAAACGGGAACGGCGUAACCGCUCGUAGGCAGGCAAGGCCAGGGCCCUGGCAUCAUGGCCGACGGCCAAGCCCCUCUAGCCCACCCUGUACCGCCGCCCUGUGCCGCCGCCCUGGG